AUGAAAUUAAUUUUUCUCCCAUCUAAUAUCAUAAUCCAUCAAACAAGCUUGCAGCUCCCCUUUUAUUUGAUAUGAGUGAACCUUUUCAUCAAUACAACGAGCUAAAGCAUUUGAGGUCUUUAGCGUCUAGCGGAAUGCAUCAUGUCUAAUUAUGGGAAGCAGAAAUGGAAUUUGAUUAAGGAAACUGGUCAAGGAGCAGUUACUUUUGUCAUCCUGCUCGUGGCGGACAUUACAUAUUGUGCAACAGCAUCGUUCGACGUCCAAGACGUGUGCCCUCAUGUGACCAUGACGUCUUGUCCAACCAUUACUCGAGAGAAUGGCGACACUGUGCAGUACAUACCGAAACUCCUAACACCUGAUCUGGAUUGGAUAACUCAAGAGAUAUCCAAAGAUCAUCAGAUUUCUGAGGAUGCUCGUCAUUAUUUUUGCACUGAACCAGGUAGACCUACGCACAUAGGCAUUUGGCCAUUUAAUUAUUAAAAGCAGACAAGUCCAUCCCAACAAAAAGUUGAUUUGAAUGAAAAUAGAAAAAUCCAAGCAUAACAC